AUGGACGCCGCCGAAGAUAUCAUGGACGCCAACUCGGACAGCGACUCUCCAGCGAAAGAUCUUAGAGUCAAGUGUACUGUUCGUAGCAAGAGCUAUGCCACCAAAAAGACAAUGCAAGAUCAUCGAAGCACUAAACAUAGGGCUAAUAAGCCCAUACACACUUGCUCUGUCUGUGGUAGGAUCUGCAAGGAUAAACAUGGGUUGAUGCGCCACGAAAAGACGCACAACCGUGCCCCAGAGCCAAAAGUCAAAUGCUCAGUAUGCGAGAGGACUUUCUCCUUAGUGGGCGCCCUCAAGAACUACAAGCGCACUCAUCACACGGACAUAACGCUUACAGUCGACUGCCCAGUGUGUAAGAAGAUCUUCCCCGGCGAAGGCGAUGUGCUGCAGCAUCGUCAGAAGGCACAUGUGCCAAACUUCGCCCUGAUGGCCGACCCGCUCUACGAAUAU